ACAGGCAUGCAGUAUGGUGGAUAUGUUAAUAAUCAAGCUAGCUCUGCACCAGCUCCCUUGUCAUCAAGUUCAGAUGAUGAGGAAGAGGAUGAGGAGGAUGAGGAAGCAGCAAUUGAUAGUUCCUCUACUACAAGCAGUACCUCUCCUGUUCCAAAUAAUUAUGAUGCCCUGGAAGGAGGUGGCUAUCCAGAGACACGUUCUGUGACCAGCAGCCCAGUUCCUGCUCCGUCAGUCCCCCAAACAUCAAAAGCUUCUAAGCCCUUUGGUUAUGGCUAUCCAACACUGCAACCUGGCUACCAAAACGCAGCACCACCUGCUCCUGUGCAGCCCAGUAAUCCAGGGCACCAUCCUGGGUUUCAGCACUAUCCACAGCAAUAUCCAGGUGUGAACCAGCUGUCCUCUUCUUUAGGAGGGUUAAGUCUACAGCAUUCUCAGCAGCCAGAAAGCUUGAGACCAGUAAACCUUACACAAGAUAGAAAUAUUUUACCUGUAUCUUCAGUUCCAGCACCUGUGCCUAACUUGAAUUCUGAUCUUAGGAAAUUGAACUGCAGUCCAGACUCAUUUCGAUGUACGCUCACAAAUAUUCCACAGACACAGGCUUUGUUGAACAAAGCCAAACUUCCUUUGGGUUUGUUGCUACAUCCCUUCAGGGACCUAACGCAAUUGCCAGUAAUAACAUCAAGCACGAUAGUGAGGUGCAGAUCCUGCAGGACAUAUAUCAACCCUUUUGUUUCUUUCAUUGAUCAAAGGAGGUGGAAAUGCAAUCUGUGCUACAGAGUUAAUGAUGUUCCUGAAGAAUUUAUGUAUAAUCCUCUGACACGAUCUUAUGGAGAGCCUCACAAACGGCCAGAGGUCCAAAAUUCUACAGUGGAAUUCAUUGCUUCCUCCGACUAUAUGCUUCGUCCUCCUCAGCCUGCGGUAUAUUUAUUUGUUUUAGAUGUGUCUCAUAAUGCAGUGGAGGCUGGAUAUUUGACAAUACUCUGCCAGUCAUUGCUGGAAAACCUAGACAAGCUGCCUGGAGACUCAAGAACAAGAAUAGGGUUCAUAACGUUUGACAGCACUGUUCAGUUUUACAACUUACAAGAAGGUUUAUCUCAGCCUCAGAUGCUGAUUGUCUCAGAUAUUGAUGAUAUUUUCUUACCUACACCAGAUAGUUUACUUGUAAAUCUCCAUGAAAGCAAAGAGCUGAUAAAGGAUCUAUUGAAUGCGUUACCAAACAUGUUCACCAACACCAGGGAAACACACAGCGCGUUGGGCCCUGCUCUUCAGGCUGCCUUUAAACUGAUGUCUCCAACGGGCGGGCGGAUAUCGGUAUUUCAGACUCAGUUGCCAUCUCUGGGAGCAGGGCUUUUGCAUUCCAGAGAAGAUCCCAAUCAAAGGUCGAGCACAAAGGUGGUCCAACAUCUUGGUCCAGCAACGGAUUUUUAUAAGAAGUUGGCACUGGACUGCUCAGGCCAGCAAACUGCUGUGGAUUUGUUUCUCUUAAGUUCACAAUAUUCUGAUCUAGCUUCUCUUGCUUGCAUGUCCAAGUACUCUGCUGGAUGCAUCUAUUACUAUCCAUCUUUCCAUCGUAGCCAUAAUCCCGCUCAGGCCGAGAAGUUGCAAAAAGACCUUAAAAGAUACCUUACAAGAAAGAUCGGAUUUGAAGCAGUUAUGCGCAUAAGAUGUACAAAAGGUCUUUCAAUACACACUUUUCAUGGGAACUUUUUUGUACGAUCUACUGAUUUAUUGUCCCUUGCCAAUGUCAGUCCUGAUGCUGGAUUUGCGGUACAAAUGUCCAUCGAGGAAAGUCUGACUGACACGUCUUUGGUUUGUUUUCAAACAGCUCUUUUGUAUACUUCCAGCAAAGGUGAACGUCGAAUUCGAGUGCACACACUUUGCUUGCCUGUAGUAAGUUCACUCGCUGAUGUAUAUGCAGGAGCGGAUGUACAAGCAGUUGUAUGCCUCUUAGCCAACAUGGCUGUGGAUCGCUCAGUUUCAUCCAGUCUUGCAGACGCAAGAGAUGCCUUAGUUAAUGCUGUGGUAGACUCCUUGGCAGCAUACAUGUCAACUGCCUCCAAUCUGCAGCAGUCCACGCUGGUGGCACCAAAUUCCCUCAAGCUGUUUCCACUGUAUGUUCUGGCCCUUCUCAAACAGAAAGCAUUUAGAACAGGCACAAGUACACGCUUGGAUGAUCGUGUGUAUGCAAUGUGCCAGAUGAAGAGCCAGCCUCUUGUCCAUUUGAUGAAAAUGAUACAUCCCAACUUGUACAGAAUAGACAAGUUGAUUAAUGAGAGUACAAUACAUGUAAAUGACAGAGUCGUUCCUCAGCCACCUCUUCAGAAGUUGUCUGCAGAGAAGUUGACAAGAGAAGGAGCUUUUCUUAUGGACUGUGGUUCAAUUUUUUACAUUUGGAUUGGAAAAAACUGUGAUAACAACUUCAUAAAAGAUGUCCUUGGAUACCCAAACUAUGCAUCAGUACCACAGAAAAUGACGCAGCUUCCUGAGGUAGAUGCACUUUCUUCAGAAAGGACACGAUCCUUUAUAUCUUGGCUUAGAGACAGUAGACCUUUAAGUCCAGUUCUUCAAGUAAUAAAAGAUGAGAACCCUGCCAAAACAGAUUUUUUUCAGCAUUUAAUUGAGGAUCGGACAGAAGCAGCUUUCUCAUAUUAUGAAUUCUUACUUAACAUUCAACAGCAGAUCUGUAAGUGAACAAGGAAUAAAUAGAAGAAAAAUCCUGACUUCAGGUAGAAGCAUGGGCCAAGAGAAGCAUGUGGAAAGUUACAAAAGUGGAUGCUUGUUCUUCACAACCUACAGUGGCCAGCACUGUUUUGGAAGCUUUACAGCUAAAGAAGCAUACAUUUCCAACAGAGUUUGGCAGAUUUACUUCAGUCUGAAAGUGCUAGGAGUGACAAAGCUGUUUCACUAGUAAACUUUAAAUUGGUUUAUACAUGUUUCCAGUUGUGCAGCGGUAUGGUGCUCUGUUUAUUGCAAGCUGGUGAAUUUAUGUAGCUAUGUGGGAUGAUAUUUCUUAAUGAAAUGUACAAUUAGGUAAAGCCUUUUUUCUUACAUUUAUUAUAGUAGCCCUUCCAGAUCCAAAUUCUUAAUAGAAAUGUCAAAGGGCAGUGCUGUAUGUUGGUUGUUUAUAUGAAUUUCUUUUCAAAAGGAAUGAUUCAUAUUUACUAAAGACUUCAGCGAAUUCCCUGUGAAAGUUGUAGAGUUUCAGUAAAGUACAUCAGUUGUAGAAAUAAGAUAUAUAAUGUACAUAAGUGUUACAUUUGUAAAGAAAAUGUAAAAAAUGUAACUAAAAAACAGACUUAGCUCAGUGUGCAGAACUGUUGAGUGCUCAGUCAUGAAUUGUUUUGUCCCAGGCUAGACACUGAAGUUGACUAUUAAAACAUGCUAAAAAAAGUACCCAUGUAGAAAGAA